CACAUGACUUAACACAACACAACCGUUCUUAUUUUGAUGUAGAAGGUACCUACAGGAUGAAGAGUUUAGCUGGUAUUUUAAUCGUUUUUGCUCUCCUAGCGUUGGCAUAUUCACAGAAAAAUGAAGAUGAAAUAAUAUCACUACCAGGAAUAUCCGCAAACCUCGUGAGAUUCAAACAAUAUUCUGGUUAUUUGAAUGCAACCGGGACGAGACGUUUCCAUUACUGGUUUGUUGAAUCUGAAGGAAACCCAGCUAAAGAUCCUCUUGUGUUGUGGUUAAAUGGCGGACCGGGUUGCAGCUCACUUGAUGGCUUAUUCUCUGAGAAUGGACCUUUUCUGCCAAGUAAUGAUGGUAAGACGCUAACAUUGAAUCCUUUUCGGUGGAAUUUAUUAGCAAACGUGAUUUAUCUGGAAUCGCCAGCAGGUGUUGGAUUCUCAUAUUCAUCAGAUGCAACGUACAAAACUACUGAUGAUGAAGUUGCUGAGGAUAAUUAUCAAGCUUUGCAGCAUUUUUUUCUGAAGUAUCCCAACUUCACAUCAAACCAAUUAUUUUUGACUGGAGAGAGUUAUGCUGGUGUGUAUGUACCAACUUUAGCAGUUAAAAUACUAGAAGGAAAUAAUACUAUUAAUAUGCAGGGAUUUGCCAUCGGGAAUCCACUUGUGAGCCGUCCACUUAAUGUGAAUUCUCUCAUGUACUUUGCAUUUUGGCAUGGCAUCGUCGGUGCUCAGCUGUGGGAAGAGAUGCUUCAAUAUUGCUGUACAGGAGAUGAUUGCACAUUUUAUAAGACCACAAAUAUUGACUGUAAAAGUAGGGUUGAUAUGGUCCAUUCCAUAGUGUUUGACAUUGGACUGAAUACAUAUGGACUUUACAGUGAUUGCUAUAAGGGAAUUCCUCCACAUCUCCAUCGAUAUGUAACCGAUAUGAAGGGUGUCUUUGAUGACUUCGAAUCCAGCUGGGUAAAGAUUCAACAUGCAAAGAAAAACCGCACCAAAGUGUCUCCCGCACCAACGUUGGGUAAGCUAAAAUUUUCCUCGUCUUUGAUCUGUAUCAAUGCAUCAGCUGAGACUGCGUACUUGAGUUCUGCAGAGGUGAGGAAGGCAAUUCACAUUCCCAGUAAUCUACCAACUUGGGCCAUUUGCAGUGAUGAUGUUGCAAAUAACUAUGUGAAGACCUACGAAGACCUGACACCAGAGUUCAACAAACUCCUCAAGAGCUACCGCGCACUAAUCUACAACGGCGACACAGACAUGCAGUGUAACUUCUUCGGCGGUGAGUGGUUCGUCGAGAAUUUGAAGCAGCCGUUAAAGAUGAAAUACCGAGAGUGGAUGUACAAGAAUCAAGUCGCUGGCUUUGUCAAGGACUUUGAUAAGAUAACUUUUAUGACAGUUAAGGGUUCGGGUCACAUGGUUCCUCAAUGGAAACCUGCAGAAGCUUUUCAAAUGAUCUCCAACUUCUUGAAAAAUAAGUUGCAAUAAAAAUAGCGUGUGACAUAUGUGUUCAUUUUUAUCAUUCCAUAUGUUACAUUUACUGGGGUUUUAUUAGAGUUUUAUACAUCCAACAUCAAAUACACUCCCUACAGGCAGUGGUGUCACAGAGUUUGUAGGGCCCUGACUCUUAUUGGGGCCCCUAAUAAGUGAGCAAAGAGCGUUAAGUUUUCAAGCGGAGCAAGGAAAUGCAUAGGACCCCCAGACGGAGUCCAGGGGGUGAAGGCCACUGGUGGGGGUCCGAGGGGUUCGCGCUCAGAUCUUAUGUCAUUUAUGAACUAUUAACUGAGUUAACAGAGAACAUACAGUAGAAUGGUCCAUGACUGAUGAAAUAUUUCAGACAAUUUUAUGACAAAACCAACAUAAAAUACAUAGGCCAACUUUUGUAACUGUUACAGGCCUACCAGUAGGCCUAUGUACUCUAUGUAGGUGUAAAUAAAUAAACAGAAUAUUUUAGUGGGAAACAAAACAUGUUUCAAUUGUUACACAAAAAGUGACGGUAUAGGAAUAAUUAACAUGAGUAUUCAUUUUUUACUCCCUUGUUUAAACCUAAAAUAACUUUAUACUGUAGUAUGAAAAGUUUUUUUUUUUUAUAGAAAUGUACUGGCAUGUUUAAGUUGCCCAAGAUAAUUUUAGUAAUUUAUCAGUUAAGGUUUGGACCCAGGACCAUGGUAUUGGAGGGUGAGCACCACUCCAUUACAGAAAUUUACUCUUCCUGGAGUGAUUUUUCAAUUGUUAUUAUUAACAUGAGUUAAUCAACAUGACUUUGUUACACAAAAAUAAUUUAGAUAUACUGUAGUAAGUUUUUUUUUUUAAUAUAGAAAUGUACUGUCUUGUUUAAGUUGCCCAAGAUAAUUUUAGUAAUUUAUAAAAAUUUACCAACUUAGUGUAAUAUGUUGUAUGUCCUGUUAAUGUAUUGGUAUUUUUUAACUAAUACACAAUUACAAAAUUGAUCUAAAUUCAUAUAUUAAAAAAUAUAUCUAUAAAAUAUUUUUACAAUAAAUAGUAAUUUAAAAAAAAAUGUGGUACAUUAUAAGCAGUAUAAUGAAAUAAAAUUUUUCAAUAGCAUUCUAUCAUUCGGAUGGAAGUUUAAACCAUUGAUCCCAUGUGCACAUUCAAAAAUACAAUACUGUACACUCUUCUGGACAAAGUAGAGAAUUUACCACUAGAAAUAAGUCUGUCUUUGGACUUCCAUGGGUUGGUAUGUUUCACAAUGCAGGAAAUCCAAUCUAAAAACAUGUACUAGGCCUUGCUGCCUAUCCAGUGCAGAAAUCAAAAUAUGAAAAAAGUGGGUGUUAGUGUGCCUAGGUAUGGCCAUCUUAGAGGAAGAAAAUGACCCACUCAUUGGUAUUAUUUGUUUAUUUUUACCUGUCCCAGUAUAUCUGUGCUUUCUUUCUAUCACCUUAGAUCAUACAGUAUUAAAUCAUUCCAUAUUAAAGUAUGUGUAUAUAGAAAUAAAGCCUGUUUUUUACUAGAAAAAUUUAUUCGUGUGAAUCAAAAAUGUCGGAUCAUGCACAUACGCAUUCCUAUCAGAGUUUGUCACUCCAGCAAAAUCACUAGUUUGAACUGUUUCUACUUUUUGCGAAGAAACCAAUUACAGCUCAGGAAGUGAACGGAUGCUUUUAGUUCACGUGAAUAGAUUCGCCUAAUGGAAAACAGAUUUAACCAGCGAGUCGAUCAAGAAUGUAGUGUCAUAUUUUCUUUUGAAAAACAAUGGUAUUUUGCAAUGAGAAAGUUUCCAACUGCUUUUAUUGUGUUCUUAUUUACAUUUCCUAAGAAAUAAAGACCUCAUACUGUACAUAAAAACAAA